AUGGCUCUCGAACCACGAUACCGGCUCAAGUACCUCCUGCUGGCUCUGUCAUUACUUUUCACCUUCACAGCGGCCAACCUCCAUGACCGCGCCGAAAGCACGACAAUCGUAGCCGUGACAGCGACAACAACGGUCACGCAAACAGCGUCGAACACGAAUGGAGCUUCGGGAGCCUGCGAUAACUUCUAUGGCGCAUGCGUAGUCUACGGCGGAUAUGGUUCGCCUUCGUAUACCACGACCAUCUACGCGACAGGCAAUGCACCCAGUUCUACGGUCUAUACACCCACAUCCCGCACGAGCACGCCAACGACGAUAGUGACGAGCUACAGCACGGCUACGCAGACUGUAGUGCAGACGACUACAGUGAGCAAUAGCGACGAAUGCAACAACUAUGCUGGUGCUUGUGUGGUUUAUGCGUCCACUGCUGGCGCGGCUGCUACUACCAUCUACUCGGGCAACAACGGGAAUAAUGGGAAUGGAAAUGGAAAUGGGAAUGGAAAUGGUGUCAUCGGUUCUACGAGCAAUCAGGGAGGUAGUGGGGUGAUUGGAACCGCGAGUGGACUGGGUAGUCCUUGUGCUUUUGUGUUGGCUGGUGUUGUUGGCGUUGCUGCGCUUCUGUUGGAUUUGUGA